UUUUCUUUAAAAAAAAACAAAACAGAACUGAUAAAUUUUCUUGUACGAGUCUGCUUUCAAAAUUUAGCGUCAGGUCUCCUCCUCUUCUCCUCUUUAACUCCUCCAAAUUCCUCAAUCCGCCAUUCUUUCUUCAUUUCCUCGCCAAUCUGUCCCUCUUUAAAACAUUUUUCAUUCCACACUUCUCCUGAUUUCCUCAAUUCCCGUUUCCUUUCCACCAGCGAAACGGGAGAUUUUUCUUUUGUUCUUUCGUUCCUAUUUUGUUGGAUAGAUCGGCUGCAAAUAAUUUUUAUAUCUAAAUACAAGAAAGAGAGGAAGUUAUAUAAUAAAUUAAAAUAUAGUAAUUCAUCAGAAUUUUGGAUGCGAUUGGGAGAUUAGAAAUGGGGAGAAGCAGUAGAUCAUCAUCAUCGUCGUCGUCGUCAUCAAGCAAGUGGAGGUAUUGUAAUCCGUCGUAUUAUCUAAAAAGACCCAAAAGAUUAGCUUUGCUUUUCAUAGCAUUUGUUUGUGCUUCUUUGCUCCUUUGGGAUCGCCAGACUCUCGUUAGAGAACACGAGGUGGAAGUUUCCAACCUGAAUGAGGAGGUGAAUCAAUUAAAAGCAACACUGGAAGAGUUAAAAAGUAUGCAUGGAGAGGCAAUUAGUUUGAUUAGCACCAAAUCUCGAUCUUCCCAGAAGGCUGUUCCUGAUGAUCCUCUUGACAUUCAGCGGCAACAGAAAGUAAAGGAAGCUAUGAUUCAUGCAUGGAGUUCAUAUGAGAAGUAUGCGUGGGGCCAUGAUGAACUUCAGCCACAAACAAGGAAUGGUGUUGAUAGCUUUGGUGGUCUUGGAGCAACUCUAGUUGAUGCCCUCGACACAUUAUAUAUAAUGGGUCUAGAUGAGCAGUUUCAAAGAGCUAGAGAGUGGGUUGCAAACUCAUUGGACUUUAACAAGGAUUAUGAUGCUAGUGUGUUUGAAACAACCAUAAGAGUUGUAGGUGGACUACUCAGUGCGUACGAUCUGUCCGGGGACAAAGUUUUCCUUGAAAAGGCUCAAGACAUUGCAGAUAGAUUGCUGCCUGCAUGGGAUUCCCAGACAGGGAUCCCUUACAACGUCAUUAACUUGGCACAUGGAAAUGCACAUAACCCUGGAUGGACUGGUGGUGAAAGUAUUCUUGCAGAUUCUGGCACAGAGCAGCUUGAAUUUAUUGCUCUUUCUCAAAGGACAGGAGAUCCAAAGUAUCAGCUGAAGGCGGAGAAGGUUAUUUUGGAGCUUAACAAAACCUUUCCUGAUGAUGGUUUGCUUCCAAUUUAUAUUAAUCCAGAUAGAGGAACUGUUGGAUCAUUCUCAACCAUAACUUUUGGUGCCAUGGGUGACAGCUUUUAUGAGUAUUUGCUUAAAGUUUGGAUUCAAGGAAACAAAACUUCAUCUGUGAGACUUUAUAGAAAAAUGUGGGAGAAAUCAAUGAAAGGCCUGUUAAGCUUGGUCAGGAAAACAACACCGUCAUCUUUCACAUACAUAUGUGAGAAGAGUGGAGAUGUGUUGACAGACAAGAUGGAUGAGUUAGCAUGCUUUGCUCCAGGAAUGCUGGCUUUAGGAUCAUCCGGUUAUGGGCCUGAUGAAUCUCAGAAAAUUCUUUCACUUGCAGAGGAGCUUGCUUGGACUUGCUACAACUUUUAUCAGUCAACACCAACUAAAUUGGCUGGAGAAAACUAUUUUUUCCAUUCUGGCCAGGACAUGACUGUAGGUACAUCAUGGAAUAUAUUAAGACCAGAAACAGUUGAGUCGCUCUUUUACUUGUGGCGUUUGACGGGUAACAAGACAUAUCAGGAGUGGGGUUGGAAUAUAUUCCAAGCAUUUGAAAAGAACUCACGCAUUGAGACUGGAUAUGUUGGACUGAAAGAUGUCAAUAGUGGUGUUAAAGACAAUAUGAUGCAGAGCUUUUUCCUUGCAGAGACGCUCAAGUAUCUUUAUCUUCUGUUUUCACCUCCUUCAGUCAUCCCAUUAAAUGAAUGGGUUUUCAACACAGAAGCACAUCCUCUCAGAAUUGUAACUAGGCUAGAUGGAGAAACUUCAGGACAACUAGAGAAUAAACAAACUAGUAGGACACAUGGAAGAAAAGAAGGUCAGUUUGCUGCUGAUCAUUAGGAUUCAUUUCUACACACGGUUCUUACUAUACAAUGAACUGAGUUUUGAUUGGAUUUGAAUCUGGAAAAUUAUUAGUCAUCAUUAUUAAAUUAGAUUGAAGGCCUAUGGAAUGCUGUUCCCAUCAGUAAUAAUGGGGUUCAACAAUUUUCCGUCCCAGGCUGGUAGGAAAUGUUGUAUUCCAUGGUGAGAAACAAAGAGCAACACCGAUUGAUAUGUAACAUAGAGUAUAGCUAAUUGCCUCUGCUUGUUUCACAUAUAGCAACAGUUUUCCCCCAUCUUUAUCUAAUUAUCUUAAGGGCUUCAA